AGGGAAGAUGCUUCGCGAGCGGACGGUGCGGCUGCAGUUCGGGGCCCGCGUCGAGGCGGUGUACGUGCUGGGCACGCAGCUCUGGACCGAUGUCUACAGUGCGGCCCCAGCCGGGGCCAGAACCUUCAGCCUGAAGCGCUCUGAGCAUGUGCAGGUGGAGGUAGUACGUGACGGGGAAGCCGAGGAGGUGGCCAGCAACGGCAAACAGCGCUGGGCACUCUCACCCAGCACCACGCUGCGGCUCACCAUGAGCCAGGCAAGCACCGAGGCCAGCAGUGACAAGGUCACUGUCAACUACUAUGAGGAGGAGGGUAGCGGCCCCAUCGACCAGGCUGGACUCUUCCUCACAGCCAUUGAGAUCUCCCUGGAUGUGGACGCAGACAGGGAUGGCGUGGUGGAGAAGAACAACCCAAACAAGGCAUCCUGGACCUGGGGCCCUGAGGGCCAGGGAGCCAUCCUGCUCGUAAACUGUGACCGAGACACGCCCUGGCUGCCCAAGGAGGACUGCAGUGAUGAGAAGGUCUACAGCAAGCAAGACCUCAAGGACAUGUCCCAGAUGAUCCUGCGCACCAAGGGUCCCGACCGCCUGCCUGCUGGAUAUGAGAUGGUUCUCUAUAUUUCCAUGACGGACUCGGACAAAGUGGGCGUGUUCUACGUGGAGAACCCAUUUUUUGGCGAGCGCUACAUCCACAUCCUGGGCCGGAAAAAGCUCUACCACGUGGUCAAGUACACGGGCGGCUCCGCGGAGCUUCUGUUCUUCGUGGAAGGCCUCCGCUUCCCCGAUGAGGGCUUCUCGGGCCUGGUCUCCAUCCACGUCAGCCUGCUGGAGUACAUGGAUGAGGAGGUUCCCCUGACACCUAUUUUCACGGACACAGUGACGUUCCGCAUCGCGCCGUGGAUCAUGACACCCAACAUCCUUCCACCUGUGUCGGUGUUUGUGUGCUGCAUGAAGGACAACUACCUGUUCCUGAAGGAGGUGAAGAACCUCGUAGAGAAAACCAACUGCGAGCUGAAGGUCUGCUUCCAGUACAUGAACCGGGGCGACCGCUGGAUCCAGGAUGAAAUUGAGUUUGGCUACAUCGAGGCCCCACACAAAGGCUUCCCCGUGGUGCUGGACUCCCCCCGGGAUGGGAACCUCAAGGACUUCCCCAUAAAACAGCUCCUGGGCCCAGAUUUUGGCUACGUCACCCGGGAGCCUCUCUUUGAAUCCGUCACCAGCCUUGAUUCCUUUGGGAACUUGGAGGUCAGCCCCCCAGUGACCGUGAACGGCAAGACGUACCCCCUCGGGCGGAUCCUCAUUGGGAGCAGCUUCCCUCUGUCUGGCGGGCGGCGGAUGACCAAGGUGGUACAUGACUUCCUGGUGGCCCAGCGGGUGCAGGCACCUGUGGAGCUCUACUCGGACUGGCUGACCGUGGGUCACGUGGAUGAGUUCAUGACCUUCGUCCCCAUCCCAGGCAAAAAGGAAUUCCGUUUGCUCAUGGCCAGCACCUCCGCCUGCUACAAGCUCUUCAGAGAGAAGCAAAAGGAAGGCCACGGCGAAGCCAUCAUGUUCAAAGGCCUGGGGGGAAUGAGCAGCAAGCGAAUCACUAUCAACAAGAUCCUGUCCAACGAGAGCCUCGUGAAGGAGAACCACUACUUCCAGCGCUGCCUUGACUGGAACCGCGACAUCCUCAAGAGGGAGCUGGGGCUGGCGGAGCAGGACAUCGUCGAUCUGCCUGCUCUCUUCAAGAUGGAUGAGGGCCACCAGGCUAGAGCCUUCUUCCCGAACAUGGUGAACAUGAUUGUGCUGGACAAGGACCUGGGCAUCCCCAAGCCCUUCGGGCCGCAGGUGGAAGAGGAAUGCUGCCUGGAGACGCACGUGCGCGGCCUGCUGGAGCCGCUGGGCCUCUGCUGCACCUUCGUCGAUGACAUCUCCGCCUACCACAAGUUCCUCGGGGAGGUGCACUGCGGCACCAACGUGCGCAGGAAGCCCUUCUCCUUCAAGUGGUGGCACAUGGUGCCCUGAGCCGCAGGGGCCCGUGCUUCCCUCCGUCCUUGAGUUCUCCAGGCCCUUCCCCUGCCUGAGCUGGACUGGGUGGCCCUGCUGGGAGACUGGCGGGGAGUGGGGUGGCAUUUGGGGACACUGUGCCUUGCUCUCCCUGGGAAGGACCUGUGUCGCCACCAGUGAGCCUCAGCUGUGACCCUCCUGGAAACAGCUGGGUGCGUGGGUGGCCAGCGGCCAGGCCAGCAUCUGCAGAGCCCUGACACAGAAACAAAGCAAAACUCAACUCGCAUAUCCAAAGCACUCCCCAUGAAUCCCUAGUCUCUAUUCCAAACUGGAAUGGUGUGGGGGAGGAGAAGGAAAUCCGGAAGAGGGAUCCCUGGACUUUCCAGUAGCCAGACCCUACAGUGCAAGGUUGGUCUCAUGGAAAGGGACCCUGGAGCCCCAGGCAUACCUUGACUGCACUGUCAUUUCAAAUUCACUGCCGCCUCCAACUAUUCAUUCCUGACCAUCUCCCAACCCUCUUGACUUUCUCUCUGCAGCGUAGACACCCUAGGUGAGCUCUGCCCACCCCCUGCGGGUCCAAUAACCUAGUUUCGAAUCUUCCCUGGAAUCGGAUCUCCUCAGAGCAGGUGUCUCCCCCGGAGGCCGGCAGGGCUCUCUCCAGAUCAGCAUCCGUGCGUGUGCCUCAGUUCAGCUGUAGAGCUGUCCGGUCUGCUCUGUCCAUCUCCUCCUACCUAGUCCUCAUUUACCCCCUGGUCCUUGAUUCUCCUCUUUCCUCCCACGCCCCAACAUCUGCCCUUCCAGGAGAACUUGAUCCUAUGUCUCCAGGCAGCUAAACAAGGGCCCCUUCACCACCAGCCAGAUUCAGAGCUUCCCCAGCCCCAGCAGCCACUUCCAGCCCCCAAGACGUGUUGAUCAUCCUGUUAAAAGUCACUCGUCCAUUUGCCAAGACCCUCUCAUUUGGACCUAGCCGCGUGCAUCCGCUGGCUCCCCUUGAAAAGAAUUAGCUUCCACUAAAAAGAGAGAAGUUCCUUUAGAGCCAGGAGAGUAGGAAAAUGGUGAUUGCAUUUUGCCGGCUCAAAAAGAACCAUUGUCUAACCAGUGGAAAGGUCACAGAUAUGUACUCUCGGGGGAACAGGAUUUCAUUAAGGAUUCUUUCAUUCAACAGCCAUUGAACAUUUGCUGCACGAUUACUGAGCGAUAGGCCUUGGUGGGUCUGAGAACAGUGUUUGGUAGCAAAGCAGGCCUGGAACCAGGCAGCCCCCAUAUGCACAGCCACUGGAAGAGGCCAGCCUCCGCCCUGAGAGUGAUGCCUGAUUCGGAGAUUCCAGCUCUCUAGAUGUAGGAAACGCUCAGGGCACAAAACUUCCUGUGAGUCACUGUCAUGAUGAAACAGGUGUCCUUCCCAUCCAGGUGGGACAGAGCCACCUGUCAGACCAGACCCCAGUGCCUCAGGAGCUGUUGUCCCCGUCUCUGGGGACAGUGGCUCCUGCCUUAGGGUGUGUCUCUUGUGUGUAUUUGCUUACUGCGGGUUUGGGGACUUGCUUUUAUUUUUAUCUAGUCUACAUUAGGGGGAGGUGAGCACCUCCCACAAGGAGGCAGUGUGCCAUGCUGGGGCUCCUGAUGCCCUUCCUGUCACAAGUCAGUCAUCUGGCUCCAGUUGCUGGAGCCCCAGGACUGAGGCCACGCCCCCUCCUCUUGCUCCCCACUGUGACCACCCUCCGUGUGGAUGCACCCCAUGAACGCCCUGCUCUUCCCCGACCUUAUCUAUAAAUGUAGGCCUAGAACAUGCUUCCGGGUUACAAAACCCAGCAAAGUUCCUGUUUUGGUCUUGAUUUUGAAAUACUUUAUGCAAGCGGGCAGGAGGGUGGGCACGAAGAUGGCAAGAGCUGGGCCGUUACUGAUUUCUGGAAAAGAGGCUAUGAUGGAGAUCGAAAGGUGUUUGGGGAAGAGCCUGACUAUAGAGCAAUCGAAUAAAUGGUCCAAGGGGAAGUCA